UUGUCCAGCAGGGCGCCGUAGAGUCUUUGUCCACACUGACAAAUAAACACACCGUUGGGUUAAAAAGCGUGUUCUUGUAAAGCGCCCACUUGUGUAAAAGUUCCACUGAGGGUUUGAGCUACUUUUGCCGCACACCGUGGACGCGCUGCAGCUUACAUGACAUACGUUUAUCUUCGCCGCUGUUGCCUGCUAGCGUCCAUGUUAGCAGCUAGCACGUUGGCGUAAAUGCUGUUGCCUGCAAUGGACCUGUUGGACCCCCAGUACCUGGACAAGGUGAACAAUAAGGUAACUGCAAUGGACCUGUUGGACCCUCAGUACCUGGACAAGGUGACCAAUAAGGUGCCUACAAUGGACCUGUUGGACCCUCAGUACCUGGACAAGGUGAACAAUAAAGUGCCUACAAUGGACCUGUUGGACACUCAGUACCUGGACCAGGUACCUACAAUGGGCCUGUUGAACCCUCAGUACCUGGACAAGGUGAACAAUAACAUCGGGAGACUUCACUAUGGAGAAGAGUCCAGCUCCAUGUCCAACAUGAGCGCACCACCCCCUCUGUGUCCAAGCAAACGGAAGUACGGCGAUGAACAAAAGGACCAAAUCAAUUGUGAUGACGACCACAUGAACAAAAUGAGCAGAUUGUUUGCAACUCAUCUGUCCCGCCCUUCUGCUGGAGACAAGCGCAAUGAGCACUGGAACACAAGCCACAGUCCUGUGGAGCACAUUGGUGCUUCCGCCAACGGUCUCCAUGGCAACCAUCUGUAUGCUUCCAUUUCUGGCUAUGCUGUGGACCAGCCUCUGGCCCUGACCAAAAACAGCAUUGACAGCACGGUUGGAGGCGGAGAGAGGUCUAUUGUUGAACGGCAGCAGAAUCGCCCGUCUGUCAUCACUUGUGCUCCUGCAAGCAACCGCAAUUGUAACCUGUCUCACUGCCACAUGAACGGCUGCUCUCCGAGCCCACCCGACGAUGGAAGGAAGAACAAUGUUUGCGAUCCUGUGAUCGAGGAGCACUUCCGUCGCAGCCUUGGCAAAAACUACAAAGAAGCCGAGGCGGCGGCCGACUCGAUCUGCAACUCGGUGUCCAUCACAGGCUCAGUGGACGAUCACUUUGCUAAGGCGCUGGGAGAUACCUGGCUCCAAUUAAAGGCCAAAGGUCAUCAGGCCCCAGAAGAGGAUCCAUAAGGUGAACAAAUGUUCCAAUCACUUUUACGUCCACUGUUGUUGGUUGCCAUGAACAAUCGGAGACAUGUGGCCUUCUGGACUUUGAUUGCCUUCUGACAAGAAUGGUUCACAGUUUUAGCUGAACAAUCAUAAAUACAUACGUGUAUUUUUGUACUGUUAAAGACGACAACACCACAACAAUGUUUUAUUAGAGAGCUGUUUGUUUCAGGGCUGACUUUCAGACUCCAAUCGGAUUCUUAGAUUGAACUCAAAUCUAUGGCGUCGUUUUUUUUAAGAGCACAGUUAUUGGCCAUCCCCACAAAGAUGACAUCUUCUUUGCGCUUUUUCCUCCUCAGAGAAAAAAGGCUGAAACUUUGAGGUAAAUAUUGGAUAGUUUAGUUGGAAGCCCAAGCUGGUGUUGGGACAUUCUCCCAUCAUCACACUCGCUGUACGAAGGAUGAAGUGAUUCAAUAUUCAACCAACAAUUCUAGCAUAGACACAGAAAGUCCUUCACUUUUUCCAUCAGCCUGCAAGUCUCACAUUUCUGUUUUGGCUGAAUGCAUGCCAUCUUUAUUCCUCAUUCUUCAGUCAUGUCUUCCCUGCCAAAUAUACUCACUUCUACCAGUUUAAUGGCUUUGAAGAAAUAUUGCAUUUUCACAAAAUGCAAUCAAGACGUUAUAGAAAACUGGAUUCACUCCUGUUAACUGAAACGUUAGGGUUAACUGAAACGUUAGGGUUAUCUGAAACGUAAGCGUUAACUGAAACGUAAGCGUUAACUGAAACGUAAGCGUUAACUGAAACGUAAGCGUUAACUGAAACGUUAGCGUUAACUGAAACGUUAGCGUUAACUCAAACGUUGGUGGUAACUCAAACGUUGGCAAUAACUCCAAAGUUGGAGAAGCCGGCAUUACCUCGAACGUUAGCCUUUAACUCCAAUGUUGGCUAUAACUCAAACGUUAGUGGUAACUCAAACAUUAGCAGUAACUCCAACUUUGGCGAAGUUAGCGAUAACACCAAUGUAGCGGUAAAUCAACAUUAGCGGUAACUCCAUUAGCGGUAACUCUAAGGUUGGCGAUCACUGCGAAGGUGGUGAUAACUCAAUACGUUAACUUCAAUGUUGGCGAUAACUCCAACAUUGGCGAUCACUCCGAAGGUGGCGAUAACGCAAAACAUUAGCGGUAACUCCAACGUUGGCGAUAAUUCCGACGGUGGGGAAGCUGGCAAUAACUCCAAUGUUAGCGGUAACACCAACGUUGGUGAAGUUGCCGAUAACUCCAAUGUAGUGGCAAAUCAACAUUAGCAGUAACUCCAAUGUAGCGGUAAAUCAACAUUAGCAGUAACUCCAAUGUAACGGUAAAUAACAUUAGCGGUAACUCCAACGUUAGCGGUAACACCAACAUUGGUGAAGUUGGCGAUAACUCCAAUUUAGCGGUAAAUCAACAUUAUCAGUAACUCCAAUGUAGCGGUAAAUCAACACUAGCAGUAACUCCAAUGUAGCGGUAAAUCAACAUUAGCGGUAACUCCAAUGUAGCGGUAAAUCAACAUUAGCGGUAACUCCAAUGUAGCGGUAAAUCAACAUUAGCGGUAACUCCAACGUUAGCGGUAACUCCAACGAUGGUGAAGUUGGUGAUAACUCCAAUGUAGCGGUAAAUCAACAUUAGCGGUAAAUCAAUAUUAGCGGUAACUCCAAUAUAGCGGUAAAUCAACAAUAGCGGUAACUCCAAUAUAGGGGUAAAUCAACAUUAGCAGUAACUCCAAUGUAACGGUAAAUCAACAUUAGCGGUAACUCCAAUGUAGCGAUAACACCAAUGUUGAAGUUGGCGAUAACUUCAAUGUAGCGUUAAAUCAACAUUAGCGGUAACUCCAAUGUAGCGGUAACACCAACGUUGAAGUUGGCGAUAACUCCAAUGUAGCGUUAAAUCAACAUUAGCGGUAACUCCAAUGUUAACUCUAUGUUGCCGAAAUAUAAAGGAUAGCCUUGAAGGUAAGCAUGUUUCAAAUAGCUGGAUUCUAUCAAACUUUGCUCUUUAUGAAAUAUUUACUCGGAAUGUAUUUGUAUGUAACAAAAUACUCACUGCUGGUACAGUUGUACUCCAUAUAUAUUUUUUCUAUCUGGUUUCCAUUUUGGCGCGGAGUUCUUCAAAGCACAGCCUCUGGAAAGGUUGUCCAAGGCAGGUUGCAAGGCAACAUUGCGAUAAAUGCUAUUUUUUCACUCGCGACUGAACGACUAAAUCCGACUUUCUGUUAGCUUUGAAUAUUCCCAGCACGCUGGAUUCUUUUCAUCUCGUCUUUGACGCGUCUACAAAAGGCAGUCAGGUGUUUAGUUGCAAGUGUGGUGUGACACAACCAGGAGAUGUGGUCCACCUAGUUUUCUUGUAUACCUUCAGAAUAGUCGAUGAUAACCUUAGUUUCUAAAUUCUGAUUGCUAGAAUUCCACCUAGCAACCGCCUUUACUUUCCUAUUGGUUCAGCUGUUACACGCUUUCCUGUCUUCAUAUUUGAUUGUACUCCUACGUGACCAUCAUUGCGCCGAGCGGAAUGAUCCUAUUAUGUAUUUGUUUGUAUUGCGAGUAGCGUACUCACAUGUAGCGUGGAUGUUUCUUAUCUAACCAUGCAUUUACACCUGGAUGACGUGAUGAGCGUGCAGGAACACAUCUGGACCUCAGCCGAGUGUCAAAGGUCUGCGUUUAUUGACUUGUUUGACACAAGCUCGCAUGUGUGAUGAUAUUAUUUAAUUGCUCAGAGAUGUGUCACCCUCAUGAUGAUACGUUUGUACACUUGGCUCUGUAUUUCUCUGGAAGAAAAAAUGCCACUGUUUUAUAAAGAAUGUCUUCCAAAUAAACAGAAAACCUCACUUGUGGAUUUCUU